UGUGUAAUCAGAAAAACGAUUUUUGCGGCACUUUAUCGGUAUAUAAGGGCGUUUUUUCAUACAGUUUGGCAUAUCCAUCCAGUCUCGUCAGUAAUACACAUCUUACCAUGGCUUCUAAAAGUUUUGCCUUGUUUUUGUGCGUUUUGGCCCUCAGUCCUCUGGCCCACGCAUGGAUCGUAGGAAAAGAAUCCUUAGAGCUUAACGCUCAAAGACUGGAUUCCCCCAUUUUUAAACUGAUUAAAGGCGUUAAAGAUAAUUUAGGGGACUUAAGUAAACUGGGAGACCUUUCUGAUGAGACAGCAACUAAACCGCAUGAGCUUAAGGGUGUAACAGCCAACCCAAUACAAUAUUACGGACCUGCAAAUAACCCUGAUGUGAUAGCUAUUUGUGACUCUGUUGGAGGUAUUUGCCUUAUCGUCGACAUAAGCGUUGGCAUUUGUCUACUUUGUAACGGAGAUGGCACUGGAAUUGUUAUUAACUGUGAACUUAACGUUGCGUUGUAUGUACCUUUGGGAGUCUGGAACGCUUCCAACAAUGAUUUGAAAAGCUUUAUUGACAACUGUAAUUUGUCUACUAUUUAUGACUUAACUACCAACGAUGUCAUAAACCAAAGUAACCCUGGAACGACCGUUCUUAAUAUCUGCUUAAAAGUUAUGGGAGGCUUGGAUGUUGAAACCAAUCAAACAAUUAGUGCCGAUUUAACUUCUGCCCUUUCUGUUACCAUUAGCAUCUGCUCUAGAAUCGUUGUCCUUCUUUCUGUUGAUCUCAAAGGCUUAUUGGAUCUCACCUGCUCCGCUUUUGUUACUCUAACUGGGGAUCUGAGCUGCCUUCUGGCCGUUCUUGAUGGACUUGUAUUGUUGAUUGAUUCUGCUGCAACAAGUCUGGCAGAACUUCUCAGUGCUAGUAUAGUCAUCGUCUUGGAAGUCCUCCUGACUGCUAGUGAUGGAUGCAAAGCUCUUGUUGAAGUACUUCUAGUAAUUGGAGUUAGUUUCGACCUGACUAUCCUGCUUGGAGACGUCGCUACCGACAUAGGCAUUUUCCUUAAUAUCUGUGUUCUACUUGGAGGUGGUGUAUAUACCGGUCUUAAUGGAGUCGUCAGAAUCCUGGAUGCCGUCGUCGGCUUGGUCACGGAAUUGAUUGACCUUGACGCAUGUCUACUCAUCAUCAUCCGAGUUUGUGUUAACAUCACCGGAGUAUCAAGUAUUAGUGCUACUAUAACUGCAAUCCUUAAUCUGAUCUCUUGGCAAGUUGGUAACUGGAAUAACGCAGCUGGAUGGAGUACUUUGCUCAACUUCUUCAUGAGCUUACAAAAUGAAACUUGCGUUGUCGCUGGCAUAAAUAUUUCUGGUAUAUUGACCCUGGUUUUAGCUGGAAUCGUCACUACUGUCCUUGAUUUGGUCGUAAGAGUUGUUCUUCUAUUGUCUGUGUUUGUUAGUGUCACUAUUACUAGUGUUAAUGUUUACUGGGCCACCUUAAUCAGGGUGAUUUUCUUUUUAUUGAAUUCGAUUACAGGUCGUAUCAUUAUCAAUGUCUUAAUCCCAGGAUUGAAUAUUGUGAUUAAUUUGCUUACUGGUUGUCUUAACUUGCUAGGCGGUCUGGUCGGUCUGACUUUAGCUCUAGUUCUCAGCACCUUAAACCUUCUUGGACUUGUGGCCGCUAUAGUGCUGGUUCCAAUUCUUAAUACGAUUUGGACCCUGGUUAGUUCUGUCAUCAGUGCCAUUGUCGGACUCAAUUUAGAAGCCGCACUAAAUGCUGUUCCUAGUGAAAAGGCUUUGAUACAAAAUUGGAUACCUACGAUUACUACUCUGGGCUGCUAACUAAGCUUAACUGUAUGAAUUUGUUGUUAUAUUUUUGACCUUAAUAAACUUAUUUUAUGUUGAGCAUUUAA